UUUUCAUUCUUGGUCUACCUGUACCACUUUUCAAAGUCAACAGCAUGUACUACCUAUUGACAGGUUAUAGGUAGUUACACAGAGACGUCGGGCUAUAUAAUCAUUGCUUAUCGCCCGCCGUCGAAAAAGUAGCGGCGUAGAUCCUGAACUCCACGUGACUGAUAACUCACAUCAAGACAGGAUGCGCGCGGGGUUCCACCAAAACAACCAGCCAACUUACGAAAGAAAAAUGCCAUAUUCAAGUUUUGGGAAUCUCCCCGUCGAGUUACUGCAAGCUAUUGCAUCAUGCUUGCCGGCACGAGAUCUAUGCAUAUUUCGGCUGGCCUGCAAGAGAAUCUAUGAGAGUACUCUAUAUCUCUACCGCUGUAAAUUCUUCGGAGAAUUACAGACAGACCUGUCUUUGAGAAGUCUGAAAAGAAUGGAGACAAUAGCGAGCGAUCCAGAGCUGGCGCCACAUGUUCACUUCCUGACCGUGAAAUUUAUCGCUGAUUUCGAAAAUACACUUGGAGAAGGUUUGGUGUGGAAUCGGCAUACUUCUGGCUACCUAAAAUCAAAUGCAGAUGUUCAGAGAUGGGGUGAGGUGCUUCGAGGUCUGGUAAAUUGCGCCUCUUUUCACCUUAUCCGAGAUGGCUGGUCCGACAAAGACAGCUGUUUGGACCAUUUCACGUCAACUGAUAUUGUUACGCUGGUUCUUACCAGUAUCAUCAACCAAAAUAUGACCGUGCGAGAAUUUUUGGUGGAUUUCAUACAGCCAGGUACCGGAGGAGCAAAUGAAUUAGACUUAAGACGUCUCAAUGUCCCUGAUCUUCGGGGACCGGAGUUCAUUGCUACCUGGGCCAACCUGGAAGUCCUUCUGUUGAAUUUCACGAUGAGCAAUAUUGAGAUACUUGAGUGGAUCGAUCCAAUGGUUCGGCAUGCAACUAGUCUACAGGAAUUAACAAUCCAAUUUGAUAGUGGAUCAGCAGGCGGCGAAAUUCUCAGGCAUCUUUCCUCUCUUGAAACGCCACGGCUGCAAAAGCUUUCACUACAGGGUAUUCCAAGAUCAGCAAAAGUGGACGGGGCACUCUUGAGCAAGCUAUUGCAUAAACAUCGGGACAGCCUUCGUGUUCUUAGCAUCAAGGUGUUUACACUGGAAAUCAGGCUGUUUACAUUGGACAGCCCGGGCUGGAAACCAAUCCUCGGAAUGCUUAGCGAGUUUCCUCGUCUCGAGAGCGCCUCUUUCCAUGCCCUCAGAGAAGGUCAAUCCCUGAUCCAAUUUCCGGUUGCUUCUGAAAUCCCAGAGUUUGAUGGAGCUACGCAGUUUACAUUCCGCUCUCGGAGGCAAAAAGACCGAACUGUUAAUCAUAUUGUUCAUUGUUGGGGACCGAAAACAAAAGCCAUCAUUCAGCGACUUGCCGAGUCAAUGGAGCUACCCCAUUAAGUAUAACAGGGCCACACUCUUGAUAUUCAUGCAAGAGUGUUAGCACACAGAGCUCGGACUGAUCGAAAUCAUCAUUGUUUUCACAUUGCAAGGAUACCAAGUUUGAUCAAAUGAUAAUGCGCCUGCCGUUUCC